UGCCCAGAGCUGGCAAAUAUUAACUUUGUUAAAGACUUUGUUUGGUGUAUUUCUUUAUCUCCCAGUGUGAAUCAACGAACAGUUUAGAGAUGAUGAGAUCAAGUCUAGCUAUUUUAUCCAUAUGGAUAUGCUUGAGUGUUGAUGCUACGUUCCCUAAAGUCUGUUCUGAGCUCCCAAAAGUAGACUUUGCUCAAGUUCUUCCUGCCUUCAUUAAAACCAGCUACAGCCAUGGGGAUAGAGUAAAGUACACCUGCAAAACUGGCUAUGUCUCUCUGUGGGAACACAUCUUUGAAUGUAAUGAAAACAGAUGGACUAAGACUCGUGAUGCGACAUGUACACCGGUGAAAUGCCCCCCAAUCCACACAGAAUGGGAUGUGAUUGCAUCGGGCAAAACAGAAGGCCGGGGUUAUGGUGACGUUAUUCAAUUUGACUGCAAGUCUCCUGAUAAAUUCAUAGAUGGAAGUAGUAGCAUUACCUGCAAGGAGACGGGCGAGUGGAGUGCAUCUGUUCCAAAGUGUAAAGAUAUAUCAUGUAAACCACCUGACAUAAGACAUGGGACUGUUAAGCAGAUGAGAGAGCACAGGAAAGAUGAGACAUUACAAUAUUAUUGUGAUCCAGGAUAUAAACCCAGGGAAGGAACUCCUAAGUGCACAAAACAGGGCUGGAGUCUGGAGCCAAAAUGUGAAGCUGAAAGUCAAGUGUGGAAAUGCCCCCCAAUUCACACAGAAGGGGAUGUGACUGCAUCGGGCAAAACAGAAGGUGGAGGUUAUGGUGAUGUUAUUCAGUUUGACUGCAAAUCUGAUAAAAGUAUAGAUGGAAGUAGCAGCAUUUACUGCAAGGAGACUGGCGAGUGGAGUGCAUCUGUUCCAAAUUGUAAAGAUAUAUCAUGCACACCGCCUGACAUACAACAUGGGUCUGUUAAGCAAAAGAAAGAGCACAAGAAAGAUGAGACAUUACAAUAUGAUUGUGAUCCAGGAUAUAAACCCAGGCAAGGAAAUCCUAAGUGCACUAAACAGGGCUGGAGUCUGGAGCCAAAAUGUGAAGCUGAAAGUAAAGUGUGGAAAUGCCCCCCAAUUCACACAGAAGGGGAUGUGACUGCAUCGGGCAAAACAGAAGGUGGAGGUUAUGGUGAUGUUAUUCAGUUUGACUGCAAAUCUGAUAAAAGUAUAGAUGGAAGUAGCAGCAUUUACUGCAAGGAGACUGGCGAGUGGAGUGCAUCUGUUCCAAAUUGUAAAGAUAUAUCAUGCACACCGCCUGACAUACAACAUGGGUCUGUUAAGCAAAAGAAAGAGCACAAGAAAGAUGAGACAUUACAAUAUGAUUGUGAUCCAGGAUAUAAACCCAGGCAAGGAAAUCCUAAGUGCACUAAACAGGGCUGGAGUCUGGAGCCAAAAUGUGAAGCAGAAAGUCAAGAUAUAUCAUGCACACCGCCUGACAUACAACAUGGGACUGUUAAGCAAAAGAAAGAGCACAAGAAAGAUGAGACAUUACAAUAUGAUUGUGAUCCAGGAUAUAAACCCAGGCAAGGAAAUCCUAAGUGCACUAAACAGGGCUGGAGUCUGGAGCCAAAAUGUGAAGCUGAAAGUCAAGAAAAGAAAGAAUCUUGCUCUACACCAGCCAUUGAAAACGGGUACAUACACACAAACCGCUCCAAAAAGCGAGAUUUUUAUUAUUCAUGCAAUCCAGGCUAUAAACCAUACACUGGGAACUGUUGGAAACCGGCAACGUGCGUCAAUGGGAUCUGGAUGAAUGUCCCACGAUGCAUCAGGGUGGAUGAAUGCGGUGCUUUACCCAGCAUUAAACACGGACAUCUGAACAACAAACAAUCUGCUGUAGAGAUUAAAUGUGAAUCAGGGUACAAACCAUCAAAUACAGUGAUCAGAUGUGUCAACGGUAGAUGGCAGACACCCACCUGUGAAUUGGACGAUAAUAGUUGUGUCAGUCCUCCUAACGUCGAUAAUGCACUCAUCAUCUCUGAACCUCAGACAGUUUAUUCAUCUGGAUCUGUUGUCAAUUAUAAAUGUCUAACAGAUUUUACAAUGAGCGGGAAUAAUCGAAUCGAAUGCCGCAAUGCAAAGUGGGAGAAAGCACCCACAUGUGAAGCUUUCUGUUCAAAGCCUCAUCAGGAAGUAAACAAUGCUAAACUAAUUGAUAAAAUCCGAGGUGAGAGGAAAUAUUCACAUGGAGACACAGCACGCUAUGAGUGUGAUGAGGAUCAUGAAUCUAAUGGACCGACCAUUGCUAAGUGUUAUGCACAAACCUGGAUUUACCCAGAAUGCACUAAAAAAGGUCAAUGUACCAAACCGACAAUGAACUUGCCGUUUGUGAACCUGUUAGAUGAGAAAAACACAUUCAAUAACCUUGAAGUUUUGAGAUACAAGUGUGAUAAACCGUAUGAUAAAAAACCAAACGGAGUCUUGAUUUGUAAAGAUGGAAAAUGGGACGGCACAUUUGACUGCACAAGUGGCGUUUGUCCUGCACCACCUAUGAUUGAACAUGGAGACUUUAAAGUCGAGCAGAAGACGGGUGAAGUUGUCACAUCGGUAUCGUACACUUGCCAGCCUUAUUUCGAACUAAACAAACAACAGAGAUAUUACAGGUGUCUGAAUGGGAAAUGGGAGACCCCUCCAGCAUGUCUGAAGCCUUGCAAAAUUACACCUGAAAUUUGCAAGGAGCACAAUAUAAAACCCGUCCAAGAUGACCACAUGAGGCACAGUGACAACGACUUCAAACUUCACUGUAAUGAUGGAUGGAACGUCGGAGGUUUUUUGGGACAUUCUCAUUCAAAAGCAUGGUGCAAAGAUGGGGAGUUAAAAAUUGAGAGUAAAUGUACAGUAAGAAACAGGCGUGAUUGAUAAAAACUAAAGAGG